CAAGUUUCGAAAUACAUCGCGUCCGUGUCACACCGGUCGGCUCUCCCGACUAAUCGACAGGCAUGAACGAGUCUUCGUCGGGUGGCUGGUCACAUGAGUCCCUCCUCCAUGGUGCCAUGUAUUUUGAUUUGUUGCCGCUUGUAUACACGAUCGAAUAUGGAACAAUGACUCUCCUAUGGGCCGCCCUGAUAUGGUAUCUCCGCAAGCAGCGUUCGACGGCGCUUCGAGGAAGUGCUCGUGCAGCUCUGAAGGUUAUCCUCCCUCCCUUCGAGCCCAUGCUAUGGGUGUUUGGCACUGUCUCGUUCGUGUUUUUUGUCAUGUGUGUGCUUAUCCAGUCGUUCAGGUGGCCUCUCCUCCCGUUCUCCAUUGUCAGCGAAGCGGCGUCCCAAGGCCAGCAGUUCAGUGUUCUCUUUGUCGGACUUUUCCUUCAUCAAAAGAGCGUGUCCAUGCCGGCGGUAGUCCGAACGGCCAUCCUCUCCGUAACGGCUGUGACUGCUCCCGUCUUACUCACGGCUGUGCUUGGCUUGUUCGUCAUGCCGCAUCAUAUCCGCCUCGCGCGGUACAUUGGCACCUCCGCCGUCCGGGUCCUCCUCUGUGGUUUCUUCUUACAUCAGCUGAUCAGGCCCGUGGACCGGGCUUCCGCCUCAGCUAUCCGUGAAUUCAGCGCGUUUGCAUUCACCAACUACUGUCUUCUCUUCGUCGCGGCCCAGCUCGCCUUCGACAACGCCGUGGCCACCGCCACGUACGUCACCGUAGCGUCAUGUGUCUGGAUGACUCUAGCCCCCAUCUUCGAGUGGCGACUGCUCAAGGCAGACACGCACUACUGGCGCGGUCUCGGCCAGCGCAUGCUCAUUGGGCACCAGUCGAUCCAAGAAGUGUUGUCAUCGAAAGGUCUGCAUGUGUUGCUCGAGAUGCACCGGCACGACCUUUUGGACUUCGCCCACCUCGAUUUCGCCUCGAGAAUCGGCCGCGGGGCCAGCGCCGAGGUGUACCAAGGCACACUGCACGCCAACGAACCAGUGGCCAUCAAAGUGUACUCGCCGCCCGAGAUUUCAGAGGCCACCGUGGAAGCAUUCUCCCAGGAGGCGGCCGUGUGGGCCAUCCUCGACCACCCAAACAUCACGUCGUUCUACGGGCUGUGCGUGUCGCCCCCAACGAUCUGCCUCGUGUCCGAGCUGUGCCAUGGGUCGCUCGCCGACCUCCUCGCUUCCCAGCAAACCCGAGGCCUUCACCCCGUCGCCCAGCUUUGCUAUAUGCUCGACGCCGCCAGGGCCGUAGCGUACCUGCACAGCUUCUCGCCGUCCGUGCUUCAUCGUGACAUCAAACCAUCCAACUUUCUCCUCGACAAACACCACAACCGCGUCAAGCUGACCGACUUUGGCGAGUCGCGCCUGGCCCAAGAACAAGAUCGCAUGCGGCGCAUGACGGUCCGCGGCACCGUUGAGUACAUGGCGCCGGAAGUGAUUGAUGGCAAGCAAGGCCACGCCACGUACAACACACGCGCGGACGUGUUCAGCUUGGCCAUGACGUUCUGGGACAUUUGUCACCCCCACGCGACCAAGUACCCUGGCCAGAACCACAUGCAUCUGUUCCGAGUCGUGCUUAACGGCACACGGCCGUCGAUCCGGCCGGACGUGUCCCCUGCGCUGCAAGAGCUGAUGCAACUGGCGUGGCACGGCGAUCCCGACCUCCGUCCGUCCGCCGUCGACCUCGUCGAGCACCUCGAACGCUUGCUCGAGGAUGAAUGUUUUCCCAUCGUUCAAUCGCUCCACUUGUCGUGCAAAAGUUUCACCACAUCCACUACCGGCCAUCGUCAAGGUGUUGCCGUGGUCAAUGGUCAACACAUUGUUCGAAACCUCGUACGGCUCCAAGUGGCUGGAGACACUCGCGAAGCCCUUCGUAUCGGCAACGCCCUGCUAGACAUGGGGUAUCUGCAUGACGCCAAGCACGCGGCGGCGUUCGUGCCCGACGGGGGGUACCUCUGGGAACCCAUGUAUGCUACGUCCUCGCGAAUGAGCGCGACGUCAGUGGCUAGUUGUUCGUCGCGAUCGACAGAACCACAGAGUACUUCUAGCCUGGGGGGAGGCGUUCGGACUGGUUGUUUCUGCAAACAAUACGCCCAGGGCAUGCGACGGCGGCGCCGGCGGAACUCGCUCGUCAGGGACUUUAAAAAGAAACGAGCGCACGAGGACAACUUGCUCACGGUGGAAUUGCUCCACGACCAUGCGUUGUAUGUCGGUAGCAGCACACAGGAACCGAUGUAGAUACGACGAGUAAUUUAUAUGGUGGAAUGCAGGUCUAUUAUAUGUGCCGAGGGA